AGAGAUUAGAUUGUUACUAACAGGGUCCGACGAUCGCAUCUCAUUUCGCGCCUGAAAAAUGCCUCGCCACUGAUGACCGGGCUUCAUCACGUGCAAGUCACGUGGAGAGGGCUGUCGCCAGGUGUCGGCUGAGUUUCCUUCCCUGACCCAGACAUGUUCUAGAGCCAGAAUUUCCAGAUGUGAAAAGAAAAUAGCCCCUCUACAACAAAAGUGUCUGCGCUUCCCUUCUUCACGUCGACCUUUUCAGAACUCCUACACCUCUUUCUUCCCCUACUUCGUCGCAGCUUUCUUCCGGCAACCCUUUCAAAAUGAUUAUCUACAGAGACCUCAUCUCCGGUGACGAGAUCAUCUCGGAUACCUCCAAGAUUAUCGAUGCAGGCAAUGGCUUGUGGGAAAUCGACGGCCGAAUGAUCAAGAAGGGAGCUGAGAACUUCGUUCUCGAGGGUGCCAACCCAUCCGCUGAAGGCGAAGAUGAUGGCGAGGGUGGUGGUGAUGACGGCGACAACCAGCCAAUUCUCGAUCUUGCAGAUCAGUUCCGCCUACAGAAAAUCGAGGGUGGAAUGAGCAAGAAGGCAUAUCAGAGUGAACUCAAAAAGUACAUGAAAGGACUUACCGAGAAGCUCAAGGAGUUGGGCAAGUCCGAAGAAGACAUCAAAAAGUUCCAGUCUGAAGCACCCGCCGCCGCCAAGAAGAUCCUUGGAAACUGGGACAACUACGAUAUCUACCAGGGCGAAUCCAUGGCAGAGGGCAGCAUGUACGUGCUGGUUGAUUUCCGUGAGGAUGGUAUGACACCUUAUGCGACCGUCUGGAAGUGGGGUUUGGAAGAAUACAAGGUGUAAAGCACCAUGGUAGCGAUUCGAGACCGGGAAGAUCACCCGACACGACUUUGACGAUGGACUCAAGCAUGCAUUUGAACGCGAAGCAUAUCAAAAGAAGCUAGAACUCUUUCUGGUCGGAAAGAGUAGAGGAUGGUGGUGACUGGACAAGACAGAAGUCGAAUCUACUGUCACAAAUCAUGAGUUGGUCCUCCAGGUAGCAGAGAGAGAAAAACAUGUGCAUUCUUCAAAAAGCCGUUACGAGUACCGAUUCAGGAAAAUUUCCGCUGUGUGGUGUUAGACUUGUGAUAAAGCCCGAAGUGCGCUCGCAGCAGCAAUUCAAUGAUAGUCUCCGCGGGAGCAAUUGAUGAACAAGGGUUGACAAGAAGCAUUUUGACAAGAGUUGGUCAAGCCUGUCACGAUGCGUUGUUCUCCGUAGAGUUUGAAGUAGGAAACCCUCCGUCAACUCGACAUAUC